AUGGCUCCAAUACAACAGAAAGCACUGAUCAACUGUGACAUGGGCGAAGCCUACGGCAAUUGGGCUUGCGGUCCUGAUCUCGAACUCCUCCCCAUGAUUGAUAUCGCAAAUGUCGCCUGCGGCUUCCACGGUGGCGACCCUCUUAUCAUGAUGGAGACUGUUAGGAACUGUAAAGCCCAUAACGUUCGGAUCGGCGCACAUCCCGGGUUGCCGGACCUCCAAGGGUUCGGACGACGGGAGAUGAAGCUAUCACCCGAGGAACUUACAGCUAUGACCAUUUAUCAAGUGGGGGCACUCCAAGGUUUCUUGGACCGGGAGGGAGUUCCCCUCAGCCACGUAAAACCCCACGGGGUGCUAUACGGGAUGAUGUGCCGAGACUAUGAGGUGGCUAAGGCGGUCAUGCUUGGGAUUCCUAAGGGUGUUCCUGUUUUCGGGCUUGCUGGGACCAAUAUGGAGAAGGCUGCCAAUGAUCUUGGGAUAGAAUUCUGGGCCGAACUAUACGGUGACGUCAAAUAUGACUCGAGAGGAUUGCUCGUCAUUGACCGGAAGAAGAAACCAUGGGACCUCGGCGAUGUGGAGCGACAUGUCAGGCAACAGGUUGAGGAGCAGUCGGUGACCGCGGUCGAUGGGACUGUUGUACAACUGCCGUUGAAAAAUUAUCCUUUAUCCAUCUGUUGCCAUUCCGAUUCACCUGGUUGCGUGGACAUCAUUCAAGUAACAAGGAAAGUGGCGGAUGAAUUCAACCAGAAACAUGGCAAGUGA